UAAUAUUCUGAUUAUCACCCUUCCCAGGCUUUGCAUCAGCAUAUUUCUGUCGGUCCACCUUCUCGACAAGCACUUGUCCAAUAGCACACACAUCGGUAAUAUCAUCAUGGCUCCGGACCGACGCUCAAAGGGGCAAGAUGCCUUCCAAGCAGCAUCUACAAUGGAUCCCCGCGUAGCAAGUCGAAUGACAGAGAUUACUGGGUGCCGAAAGAAAAAUCAGAGCGACCGAAAGGCACGAACGUAUGCCCUCAAAAACCAGCAGUGGUACACAUUUUGUGACCAUAUGAAAUUCCAAACCCGGUGAGUAUUAUGCUGUACACAAAAGAAUGCACUAAUGAGAGUCACAGUCACUCCGGCAAACGCAGCCAUGUGCAUUCAUGACUGGGUCUUACAGAUCCCUAAGGAUCAACCCCGCACCAAAUCGCUUCAUCCUGUGGUUGCCACAGCCACGGCCACCAACUCUCUAUCUCCUCGUGGAUCCCAUGCUCCAGACGAAGACUAUUCAGUAGAUGGCAAAGAGGACAAUGUAGCUGAGGGUCAUCAUGAGGCCGUCCAUGAGGACCUUGGAUAUCAUGAUGCUGAUGCCACUCUGCUCCGACUUCUCCAUUGCACCCAAUCAAUCAACUCCAUCAAGCUGAAUGUGGCUGCAGUGGUCGACCUCUGGGAAAGCCAAAGAAGUCUCGGGAUCAACAACUACGAUACCCCUCGUGACAAAAACUCAACGCCAACCUACGAGCUCUCUCGAAGGUGGAGAAUGCGAGAAAAGUCCUCAGGCAUGUCGAUCGCCAUUUCGAUGGUAUUGCAACCAAGGGGAAUAUGAAGCAGCCAUGCAGAUCGUAUCUCAUCCGA